AUGGAUGCAUUCAGAGCACCUGAAAAUGAGUCGCUGUUGUCCAGUUCCUCUGGUCCUGCCAGAUGGGAUCCUUUCCGCCGUCCCUUGGACUCCAUCCAGCCCUGGCAGUUCAGGCUCCUGGCAGCAGUCAUGUUGGUGGUGACCUCCCUGUCGCUUGCUGAGAACCUGGCUGUAAUCCUGGUAACUUUUAAGUUCAAGCAAUUGAGACAACCUGUCAAUUAUGUUAUAGUGAAUUUGUCUGUGGCUGAUUUCCUGGUCUCACUGACUGGUGGCACCAUCAGCUUUUUAACGAAUCUAAAAGGUUAUUUUUACAUGGGAUACUGGGCUUGUGUACUGGAAGGAUUUGCUGUCACAUUUUUUGGCAUCGUUGCUCUCUGGUCUCUUGCUUUGUUGGCUUUUGAGCGGUACAUUGUGAUCUGCCACCCUUUGGGAAAUGUGCGCUUGAGGGGGAAGCACGCAGCCCUAGGGAUUGCCUUUGUAUGGACCUUUUCCUUCAUUUGGACCAUCCCACCAACAAUGGGCUGGAGCAGUUACACCACCAGUAAGAUUGGAACUACUUGUGAGCCUAACUGGUACUCAGGAGCUUAUACUGACCAUACGUACAUUAUUGCUUUCUUCACCACCUGUUUUAUAGUGCCUUUAUUGGUGAUUUUGGUAUCCUAUGGAAAACUGAUGCGAAAGCUGAGAAAGGUAUCAGAUACACAAGGCAGGCUGGAAACUACCAGGAAACCUGAAAGACAAGUGACCAGAAUGGUGGUUGUUAUGAUCAUUGCCUUUCUAAUCUGCUGGACGCCAUAUGCCACCUUUUCUAUCCUAGUCACUGCAUACCCCUCCAUUGAUCUGAAUCCUCGUCUGGCAGCAAUUCCAGCUUUCUUUUCCAAGACAGCUACUGUUUAUAAUCCAAUUAUUUAUGUCUUUAUGAACAAACAGUUCAGAAAGUGUCUGAUUCAGAUGUUCCGCUGCAGUGCUAUAGAAACUGCAGAGUCCAACAUGAACCCAACUUCAGAGAGAGCGAUGCUAACACAGGACAAAAGAGGCAGUGAGAUGUCUACCAUGGCAGGACGUAGCACCAUCUCUAAGAGGAAAAUGGGAGAUGAACACAGAAACUGCCGAUCUUUUGCUCAGUUGGAAGCUUCAGAAAACAAAAUCUGCCCCAUAUAGGGUGGGAGAUAUGACCAUUAAUGCAUUGCUACAGCAUAUUUCCUUGUUACCAUCACUUAAUAUAAAAAAUGUUGUUAGUGGGGACAUGAUGCUCCUGUGGACAUUGGCUUUGGAGAUUCUGGGCUCCUGAGUGCAUGUAAGUGUUUCUUGGCUCUGCGGUUGCAGUCAAACAUCCAGUCAUAAGGUGAGUCCUGUCCUCCACUGUGUUCCUCUUCCCAAUUCACAGCCUGCUUGCUCCUGAAAAUACAGUCCCUGUCACUGUAACACAGCAAGGAGAGGGGUGUUUUACGCUGGUGAUGGCUCCUUGGUCUGCUGGACAAAAAUGUGAAGCGACACAUGGCUUCAGAAUGCUAAUGAACAAAUAAGAAAUAUAUAGCACACAGUGGACUCAGUUUCAACCAAUAGAGGUUUGGGGAGGAACAGGUCUAAGUGCUUUUUUGUUCUUUUGGGUGACAACUAUUAUUUCUGUUUCUUAACAAUUAGAAUUUUCAGAGAUCAGUGGUUAAAGAAUAUAGAUACUAUGCAUGUGCUGGGCCACGUUACCUUGCACUCCUGGGCUAGGGCCUGCCUCUCUGGAAAGUAUCAGCAACAUCCCGGUGCAUGGGCAACCUGCAGCAGCCAGUGGCACCAGGCUUCUGUUCUUGGAGGAGCAGUUGUGUCUCCCUCCCUGCAGUCCUUUAAUUCCUGUUUCUGCCGAAGCCACAUCCUCACCACUUUUAAUUGAGCUACUGAUCCUGGCAUAAAUCAUUAACUUGUUAUUACACCUUUGGUAUCAGAAGCAAGGAGUGCAACAUAAAUACAUAUUCUGUAAAAAGUGAAAAAGAACAGAAAUUGCCAGCUUUCCAUGGUUGUUUCCAUCUUAUUUCUUUAAUUCACACUAUGACAUGCAGCAGUGUACUUAGAUUUAGCAGAAUGUCACUUAGGCACAUGCAAACCCAAACUAGGCCAUGGGUGUAAUGAAGACAUCUAUUUUAAACAGCCUUUGGUGAACGUCGUAUGCAGUGUUGCUAAGGCCUGGCAUGUUGGAUUUUGAAUCCUGUGUAAGAUUUAUAUUUAACUGAAUGCACUUUAGAGGAAAAGGCAACAUCUGACUACAUAUAAAUGGUUUAGUAUGGAAAAACAUUAUUUCUGUAUAAGACUUUAAUAUAGUGCUAGUCAAAACAAAUGUUGUUCCAUAGUUGUAUGGGGAAGCUACACCAGCUACACACUGUACAGGCCUUAGCAAUAGAAAUGUGAUAUGGAGUGAAUCAUCCAGUGUUCAGGUUUAAGUCAAAAAAUGU